AGACAACUCAAAAGAAACGUGACCCGACACAUUACAGAUCUAGAAGAUUGGGCAACAUGGAUCCGUGACUCAGAAUGCUUUUGCUUUGUUACACACAGAUUGCUGAAUCCCUUUGUACAAAAUUUUCAGAAUGGAUGAGAAAUGGUGGAGUGUUGAAACAGUGGCGGUGGUUACAGGAGGCAAUAGGGGAAUAGGCUUAGAGAUUGUUCGCCAGCUGGCGUGCAAGGGCAUGACUGUUGUGCUUACGUGUCGCAACGAGAAGAAUGGGUUGGCUGCCAUGAAAGAUCUGGGUGAAGCAGGACUUGAUAAUGUUCAUUUUCACAUAUUAGAUGUGCAGAGCUCCCAAAGUAUUUCAGAUCUGGCAAAAUGGUUGAAAACCAUGUUUGGGGGAUUAGAUAUUUUGAUAAAUAAUGCAGCAGUGUUGGGGCAAGGCAUGAACUGGGAAGUGAUGGACAAAACUGGAGUGGAUAUGCGCAAAGUACUGUUCUAUGGAACAUCAAAUGAAACUUCUGUGUAUGAUCAUGAAAGUGUAACAAAAUGUAUUGAUAUAAAUUAUUAUGGUACAAAAAGAGUUGUGAAAGGGUUGCUAUCAUUAUUAAGAGAAUCGUCUGGCCGGCCACGAAUCGUUAAUGUCUCCUCUUUACAUGGGCUUCUCAAGAUGAUGCCAAAUCGAGUUCUACAAAAACAACUUUCUGACAUGGAUAUUGUUAGUGAGGAAUUUCUGGAUUCCAUUUUAAGCCAGUUUUUAGACGAUGUCAAGCAAAAGAAAAGCUUGGAAGAGAAAGGAUGGCCAGCCCCAUUUUCUGCAUACAAAAUGUCAAAGAUUUGUGUGAACGCAUACACACGUCUAUUAGCCCGUGAGCUUUGUGAUAAGGCUUACGUAAAUUGCAUUCGUCCUGGAUACGUUAGAACUGGAAUGACAUAUGGUACGGGAGACUUAUCACCAAGCGAAGGUGCUGAAAAUGUUGUCAAAUUAGCUUUGUUUCCUCUUGGUGGACCUUCUGGUAAAUUCUUCAAUGAAAAGGAGAUCAGUGACUUCUGAAUGGAUUUCUUUCUUAUUCUGAAAUAAAUUUUCUCCUAAACGAGACACUUCCCAUAUUCUAUAUGAGUCUUCGUAUAUGUUUCUGUUUAUUCAUCAUUAAAUACAAUUUUUGUUGGUUACUAACAAA